UAAAAAGAACACCAAUCUUCCAAUGGAAGAUCUUGAUGAACUGCCUUUUUUUAGCCUACAUGAAAUAGUCAAGGCUACAGAUAAUUUCAGCAUCAACAAUAAGAUUGGAGAAGGUGGCUUUGGUCCUGUUUACAAGGGUAUGCUGGAAGACGGCCGAGACGUAGCUGUGAAGAGGCUCUCAGAUUCUUCCCAACAAGGACUUGCUGAGUUCAAGAAUGAAGUCAAUUGUAUUGCAAAACUUCAGCAUCGGAAUCUUGUGAAGCUUCUUGGAUACUGCAUUCAUGGAAAUGAAAUGAUUUUGAUUUAUGAAUACAUGGCCAACAAAAGUUUGGAUUCAUUUCUAUUUGAUGAAACYAGAMGUUCAAUGCUUGACUGGCCUCRGCGCUUUCGCAUUAUCCAUGGUAUGGCUCGAGGUAUUCUUUAUCUACAUCAAGAUUCCCGCCUUCAAAUCAUCCAUAGAGAUCUCAAGGCAGGUAAUGUUUUGCUGGAUGGUGAUAUGAAUCCAAAAAUAUCCGACUUUGGCCUUGCUCGAAUGUUUGUAGGAACGGAUGCAAUGGCAAAGACGAAGAAGGUGGUUGGAACAUAUGGUUACAUUUCUCCUGAGUAUGCAGUACACGRGCGUUUCUCUGUAAAGUCAGAUGUAUUUAGCUUCGGCGUYCUUGUGUUAGAGAUGGUGAGUGGGAAGAAAAACAGAGGGUUCUCUCAUGAUGAUCAUAGUGACAACCUUCUCGGACAUGCGUGGAGACUAUAUAAAGAAGACAAGUCCAUUGAMAUCAUUUGUGCAUCUWUACGCAAUUCAUGCAAUGUCUCGGAAGUACUACGUGCAAUACAUGUYGGGCUAYUGUGUGUGCAACAUCAUGCGAAGGAUAGGCCAACUAUGUUGUCAGUGGUUUUGAUGCUGGUUAGUGAGAGUGUGUUGCCUCCACCUAAACAACCAGCUUUUUUCACUGAAGAAAGAUACGGUGAACAUGACUCUGUUUCAUCUUUGGAUGAAGACACGAUAACGCUAUUGUAUGCUAGAUAGAAAGCAUGUCUUUAUGUGAGAUUUAUAAGUGUUGCUUCUGUU